AUGGCGCCCGAUCCUCUGCAUCAGCCCAUUUCUUCCAUCGUCUUGCCCGACGAAGGCUCGCUCGAAAGCAGCGGGCUCUUCCUUAUCGAUCUGCAGGGUCACGCCUGCGUUUCUGACUCUUCCGAUGCAGCGUGGCAGGGCGUAGAAAACAUCUCAAAUGCGUCACCAAUGCUCCUGUGGACUCGAGGCUACCUUCUGUCUCGGAGUCCUUCUGUGGAGCCCUGCGUGCCUCGCCGCAGCCUUGAAGCUGCGAUUUCGCUCGGGCGGAGCGGCCUGCGGUUCUUCGCGCUUCGCUCUGCGCGUCAGCCUUGCGCACGCGCUUCGUCUCUUCUCUCUUCUCCUGUCUGUCAGGGCAACGCGUUUGUCGCAGACGCCCAGGGUCGCUCAGCGCCGUCGCUCGUCCCGCUGCCUGAGUAUCGGCCUCGCUUUCGCAGGAACGAGCUCUCCUCGCAGACUGCCUCCUCCUUCGCCGCCUCCUUCGCCUCUUCAGCUGCAUCAAAUCCAGCGCAGAUCGCGGCGCAGAACGAUGUCGUUGAUGCCCCGGGGGGUGGCGAGCGCGCGCAGGGCGAUGAGAAGAUCUACGACGCAUGGGGCAUCGUGGAGUGGGAGGGCGCGCCGCAGGCCGCCGCCGCGGCGCCCUCGGGAGGCGGUUUUGGAGGCGACACCUCGUUCUUCUCGCCAUCUGGAAAGUGUCAGUUGCACGUGGGGUCGCUUGUGCUCGCUGGGCGCGUGGAGGCGGCCGUGUCAAAUGGCGGGGGCUUGGUGCUUGUGCGGCGCGUGUGGCGCCCGAAGACGAGCCGCGAACAGCGGAAGUCCACGUCGGCUCCGCUGGCGCAGCGACGCGCCGAGGCUGCGCAGGCCUUCUGGGAGAUUCAAGCUGUCGUAAGCGAGAAGGUCGUCUUCAGCAAGCGUCCGGUGCUGCAUCCGAGCAAGAAGCUCUUCGCAGAUGCGCAGGCGCCAGGCGGCGGCGAAGCGACGGCUUCUGGCAAAGCGGCUGGCGUGGCGGCGGCGCCGGGGGCCUCUGCGCAGGCGAAGGCCCGUGAGAAGUCCUCGACGGCGAGGCCUGCCGCGUCGGCCGCUGCGCAGUGCGCCGGCGCCUCCUGGCUGCUGGGGGUUUCUCCGCAGCUCGCGCUUCAGGAGGAGGGCGACUGGCGAAUUCUUGCAGUCGACGCGCAUCUUCUGCGGCAAAUCAAGGCGGGCGAUCCCCUCUGCUUCAAAGGCAUCCCGCGGCUCCUCUUCGAGGCGAGCGCAGCCGACGACGAAAGGCCUGGGGGCGAGAGCCGCGGAGCGGACGCCGCGGCGCGGCAGAAGAGACAGGAGACGUUGCUCUGUUGCCGCGACGGAGUCUACGCCGUGAACCGAAACGAGAUCGACGGGCAGCUCCUCAUCGCAUUCAAACCGCCCGUCGAGGGAGAGAGCGACGAGGACGCAGCCAUGUCGAGCGACGGAGAAGGCGACGCAGCGGCGAACGGCGGCGAGCCAUGCAACGGAAAGCAGCCAACCGCCCUCGAGAAGGCUGGGAGUCAGACCUGCGGAGGAACCUCGCACGUAGGGGUCAGGACUGCAGGGCUGAAGGCGACUGGCGUCCCGGUCGUGGGUAUCUGCAAGUCGAUUCUUCUCCUCGAGCCGGCGCUGGGGCGGACGACUCAGAUUCCUUUGCUUCUGAACCUCCGGUAUGCGCCCGCCGCCGUGAGGCUGCUGUCGGCCUGGAUAGAAGCGAACGUCGCUGAGAAGAAGGAGCCGCUUCUCUCGCGCCUGGCGCAGCUGGGCGCGCGCCCAGGAGGUCCACAUCAUGACUUCCUCGUUCUACCUUCCGCUCUCUUUCUGGACUGUGUCCAGGCAUCUGAGGAAGAUCUGGUCGCGGCGCUCGUCGGCGGUCAGUUCUCAAAUGCGUCUUGUACGUUCAGACAGAGGAAGGGAGUCGCGGAUGCAUCGUCUCCGAGCUCGGCGUCGUCUUCCUCUCUGGGGGGCUCUCUGGCGCCUCCGCCGGCUUUCUGGGGAUCCGCCGGGUUUGCCUCCUCGCUGACCUGCCUUCUGUUCCUGCCUGCGUGCGGCGGGUACUGCGCGCUGGAGCUUCCGCUGCUUCUAGACUUCAUGCAGCGGCUCCUGAACUUCUUCGCCUUCCUCGAAGUGCCUGCGGAUGCGCUCACGCUCGGCGACGUCAUGGAUCUCAUCGGCGACAUGGAAAGCAAAGGAUUCACCGUCGCGCCCUUCAGCACAUCCCCGCAGGCGCAGGGCGGCGGCUCCGUUGCGGGGGGGGGCAUGGGGCGCCAGCCGCUGCAGCUCGAGCCUGGCGUCCUCUUCCAACUCCUCGCGCGGGUCUGCGACUUGAAGCUUCAGGCGCGACCCCGCUUCCCCAUGCACUUCUUCGACGUCUGUCCGUCUCUCUGUGGAGACGCGGCCGCCUCUUGGUCGGCGCUGACGGCGGCUGGCGGAGCCGACAGCGAGGAGGGCGAGGACUCUGGAGACGCGGCGGACUGUCUGCAGGCCUACGAGGCGUUCCUGGCGGACGCCGAGCAGGUGAGGCAGUGCCGCGUGCGCAUCAACUGGGUCAAGCUCCACAGGCUGCUGGCGCUCGCGGUGUUCCACGAGUCGGGGAUGCGGACGCGGCUGCAGUGCGGCAUCGACGCCGUGGCUCACCUCCCGGUUCACGCAAUCCCCCUGACGACCUUCUGCGGCGCUCUCGCGGAAAAACUGGCGAGUCUGCCGCUGGCCGUCACGCAGGCCGCAGACAGCUACCUGGCGGAGGGACUGGAGGACUACCGCCGGUACCUGCGACGCGGCGAGGAGGCGCGCAUGCGCGAGCGCAUCGAGGAGAGCAAGAAGGCAGACGCCUCGUCGUCCUUCGUGCCCUUCGUGGACCUCGACGCGCAAACCAAGCAGCGCCUCCUCGCUGCGGCUGCGAACGUGCCGCUCGUUCGCUACGCACUCGUGAAGCGCGCGCUGGAGGCCUUCGCCGAUGAGGCGGAGGACGCGGCGCGCGGCGGCGAGGCGGGGGCGUCAGGAGACGCGGGGGCCCCAGAGGUUGACGUGCUGGGUGAGGGCGCGGGAGGGGGCAGCCGGAGUGCCCAGACGCUGCUGCCGUCUCUCUCAGGCAUGCAGAUCCUGCAAGCGAACACGGUCGCCUUUCCCGAGCUGCGGAUCCCCGCGGACUCGCCGCGCUGGAACGGCGACAUUGGGGCGCAGGUGCCCGCCUCAGUGCUGGCUGAGAGCGCGCAUAAGGCGUUUGGAAAGACGCGAAAAGCAACAGGGGGGAGCGACGACGGAGCCUUCGAGACCCCCGGAUCCCCGCACGACGCAGACCGCCGAGGCACGUGGGGGCGGCGCGACCGAGCCGAGGAGAAGUCGCCGGCGCGCGGACUUCCUGUCUACGAAGAGGCCUUUCGCAAAGCGAAACAGAAGAAGGGCGUGAUGGCUGCCCACCUCGCUGUGCUCGCUGGCGUGGCCUUCUACGGCCGGAAGCACCUCAUCCACGUCGCCGAAGAGCGACUCCCCCUCGAGGUGCGGGAGCGCCUGGCGGUCCUCUUCAUGUGCAAGUCGCGCUGGUGGAGCGGCGAACUCCAAGCCUUCAUCGCGCCGUCGCUUCUAGGCAAGGACUUGAUGGAGACUGUCGCAGGGCCGCCGCGGCGCCACUGCGAGGCGCGGCAGAUCGUCUUGAAUAAAGCAGAAGACGAUCAAAAUGACGACGUCGGUGUUGUGUUCUUCUCGCACAACUUGCCGCUUCCCUUCUGGGAUGUAUAG